GUUUGCCUGGUAGAGGCGUGAAUGUUGUGACGCACAAUUUUUCUAACCUCAAAAAGAAAAAACGCAAUAACAUUCUUACAAAUAGUCUUUAUUAAUUGAUGUUAAUUAAUAAUAAAUCAUCAAUGGAUCCAACAAAUGUUGACUCGAUGGGAACUAAACGUCGCAGUUCAUCAAGAACAAUCAAACGAAGAAAAUUUGAUGAUGAGCUCGUAGAAACAACAUUCAAUCUUCAACCCCCAACAUCAAGUGGAAAGUCGAAUUCUCGAUCUCGUACUGUAUCAGUAUCAACUAGUUCUCUGGAUGUUUCUCCACAAACGCCUCUUAUACCUUCCUUACCACCAACUUCAACGGUUACACAACCAGAUCGCAUUAAUCGAAGGCAUAGUAGACCAAGUGGAUCAAAUGGUCCUGGGAGGAAAAGUAAAAAAAAUAAAAAUCAUGCUCAUUCUAUCAAUGCUACUAAAGACUUAGGAAGAUGGAAACCGACUGAUGAUUUAGGAUUAAUAACGGGUGUACAACAAACAAAUGACUUGAGAAUGGUUCAUAGAGGAACCAAAUUUUCUUGUCGUUUUACUCUUCAAGAAAUACAACAAAGAUGGUAUGCUCUGUUGUAUGAUAGUGCAGUUUCUCGUGUAGCAGUACAAGCCAUGAGAAACUUGCACCCUGAAUUGAUAGCCAGUGUUCAAGCUAGGACACUAUAUAGCAAAGCAGAGGAAGAUCUUUUGGGAACAAUAAAAUCGUCUCCACCACCAAAUCUAGAAGUAUUCCAAAAGCUUUUAGAAUCAAAUGCUCAAACUUUUUAUCCAGCACGGACUGCAAAAUCUCUCAUGGCUCAUUGGCAGUUAAUGAAACAAUAUCAUUUAUUACCAGACCAAACUGUUUUACCACUACCUCGUACCGAUACUACACUAAGUUUCUCUGAUGCAGAAGAUUUAAUUAAUGAUGGAGAAUUAAUGGACCAAAAAGAUGAAAUAAUCGAUGCUGAGCUUGCUAUGGCUGAUAGAAAAAAUAAAAAAGAAAUACGUGUAUUAGAAAAUGAAUUAAGUCGAUGGCAGGUACUCGUAGAUAGUGUUACAGGAGGGCACGCUCCAGAUUUUGAUAAUCAGACAUUAGCAAUUCUUAGAGGAAGACUUGUUCGUUACUUAAUGAGAUCUAGAGAGAUUACCGUGGGUCGUACAACUAAAGAUCACAGUGUAGACGUGGAUCUUUCAUUAGAAGGGCCAGCAUGGAAAAUCUCUCGUCGUCAAGGAACAAUCCGAUUGAGAAAUAAUGGAGAUUUUUUUAUUUCUUCUGAAGGGAAGCGACCAAUUUUUGUGGAUAGCAGACCAAUAUUAGCUGGAAAUAAAAUGAAAUUAAAUAACAAUAGUGUUAUUGAAAUUGCAGGACUGAGGUUUAUAUUUUUAAUAAACCAAGAAUUAAUAUCAGUUAUACGACAGGAAGCUGUUAAACUGAACUUGAAUCCGUAAAUAAUAUUUAAUUUUAAUAAUCAUACUUUUUUAUAAAACUUGGAAUUAUUUAUAAGAAUCAAAAGUCAUUAAAUUGGAUAUAUUUAUCUAAUACAAUUAUUAUUUAAUUAUAUACAGGUAAAAUAGUA